AUGGCAUCGUUGAAAGACCUCGGCAAGCUCGUGAAUGGAUUUUCCCUGGUCGCCAAGGAGGCCAUGAGACGGGGUAUCGAUAAGCCAGACUUGCAAUCCCUAAUCCGGCGAGCCAUCUUAUCAGCCACCGACAUAUCCGGUCUCACUAAAGGCGAGGUUCGCAAUUUCGUGAUCACCGGUAACAAACCCAUUGGUGAUACGGACGGUAUCAAACAAGACAGCAGCGUUGUCUAUUUUGGGGAGGAGGUAGCUUCUUCGUCCGAUAAUGCACUGUCGCCUACUACUUCUGACCCAAACACCCCCAAAGAAGCGCAGAGACAUUUCCCUUCUCCUACCCCUACCCCUACCCUUAUAUAUGACAAUGGAAAUGUCCACGCGGAUGCUCGUAUAAACCAUCCAAAAAAUGCAAAGUGGGAAGGUGAUGUCGAAUCGGGGUCCCUUCAGACUAUGAUCAUUACUCCUCCUCCGGCUACUUUGGAUAACAAUGCUGCUGCAAUUGGAGUUGGAGAAGGAAAGGCUGUUCCUUUGACCAAUUCCCCGCCGCCUAAAGCACCAUCACUAAUAAAUAAACAGAGGCGGCGCAAGGAGAGGAGGGUUCCUUCCACCCCGUUCUCGAGAGCGCUUGGGUUUGCUGGACUAGGAGCUGGGCUUGCCUGGGGAACUGUACAGGAAUCUGCUAAGAGACUCGUCUUUGGUACAACUAAAUCAGAAAACAAGCAGUCUGCCCUUUCGCCUUUUUUAUCCGAAAAAAAUGCAGAACGGCUGGCCCUGGCUCUAUGUAGGAUGCGUGGGGCAGCACUCAAACUAGGACAGAUGCUGAGCAUCCAAGAUGAAUCCCUUGUUCCUGCUCCCGUAAUUUCUUCUUCUUUGAUUGCCCUAGAAAGAAUGCAUUAUUUAUUAUUUUUGCAUUAAAUUUGAUUAAAUGUUUAUGCUAAAUGUUAAAACCAUAACUACUUGGUAAGUUUAAAGCUUAUGUAUU